CAAGGUGCCAGCUGCGGAGUCUUCUGGAAGAGUCGCAGCUGCCCAGGAGGAGGAGAACGCGGAGCCGGCCGGACCGACAGACGCGCUCACCAUCCCCCAGUUCGCGCUGCCCCCUAGGAAGGAGCUCGCUGCGCCGCACAGGUCCCUCCGACCCCGAGAGCCCAGAUCCGGAAUGGAAACGGUGCAGGAGCUGAUUCCUCUGGCCAGGGAGAUAAUGGCCCAGAAGCCCAGCAGGAAGCUGGUGAAGCUGUACGUGCUGGGCAGCGUGCUCGCCCUCUUCGGCGUGGUGCUCAGCCUGGUGGAGACUGUGUGCAGCCCCUUCACCGCCUCCAGCCGCCUGCGGGAAGAGGAGGCAGCGCUGGCCGAGCUGCGGGCCGCCCGGGAGCACCAGGCCCUCAGGACACAGGCCCUGCUGGAGAAAGGCAAGCAGCAUGAGGCCGUCCUCUGCAGCCGGGCCCUCUCCAGGCGACAGCAAGGCUUCUAAGAACUGCAUGAGCCCAGGAGAGGGAGGGGGAGAGGCGAGAGAGAGAGAGAGAGAGAGAGAGAGAGAGA